AUCAUGCAUGCAUCUCAGCCUGUAAUGCACAUAGAAAUUUCUUUAAAAUAUCAAAUAUCUCUCUCAAUCGCCUUCCUUUAACUUUAAUCUCAUCAACACGUUCUCAUUGUCUGCUGUGCUUUGAUCUCCCAUUAACAACAACAAGGAUGUCUGAUGAACUACCAGUUUGCGUCCACAAAUCCCAACCAGUUCUAAUCUGCCCUGAAAAACCAACUCCAAAAUGUUCAUUAUAUCUCUCUAACAUAGACAAUCUGGAUUUUCUAAGGUAUCAUUACGAACUCCUGUGUGUUUAUAGAAAAUCAACACCUAUUGAAGAUUUAAAAUCUUCCCUUUCUAAAAUUCUUUUUCAUUACUAUCCAUUAGCUGGAAGGGUUAGAAAUUGUGCGGAUGAUGAAGAUAGACUUGAAGUUGAUUGUAAUGGUAAAGGUGCUUUACUUGUUGAAGGGUUCAUGGAUUUUACCGUUGAUGAGUUUUUAAAAGACAGUACGUGGCUUAAUACGGCCUGGAAGGAUAAGCUCUUGUUUAAAGUUGAGGCUCAAAGCGAUAUUCCUCCUCUUAUGAUUCAGGUUACAUAUCUAAGCUGUGGAGGAAUGUUGAUGUGCAUCACCAUAUAUCACUGCAUGGCCGAUGGUGUUGGUGGAUCAAAAUUUCUGCAUGAUUGGGCAUACAUACAUGCUAACCCCAACAUGGAUCUUCCGGUUCCCCCUAUCCACAACCGGGAAAUGUUGAAACCUAGAAACCCUCUACAAGUACCCUUGGAUCAUCCUGAAUUCACAGACAUUACUCAAGAUUUUGAUAUUCCUACAUAUCUUCAAUCUCAAACAUUGGCUCCUAGUUGCUUAACCAUUACACAAUCACAUAUCCAACAUCUCAAAAAUUCAUGUGAACCCUCUCUAGAAUGCACCACAUUUGAAGCACUAGCUUCACACGUCUGGCACUGUUAUAUAAAAGCCCUAAAUCUACCUUCGUCACUUAAAAUCAAACUCUUCAUUCCAACUAUCAUGAAGACAAGCAUAGAACCAAAUUUGCCAAAAGGGUAUUACGGCAACGGUUUCGUACUAGCAUGUGUUGAAACGACAGUUGAAAAAUUAGUGACUGCUAAAACGAACCAUAUUGUAGAACUAAUUCAGAAUGCUAAAAGAAGAGUACGAUCUAAUGAUUAUGUGAGAUCUGUGAUUGAUAUUAUCGAAGAGAAAAAAGUACAACCUGUCAUGUCAACAACAUUGGUUAUAUCUGAUUGGAGAAUGCUGGGGUUCCAUGAAUUGGAUUUUGGUGAAGGUAAGCCUUUACAUAUGAGUCAAUUGGCUAGUGAGGCUUGGUGUGUGUUUGUACCGUCCAUCAGUGAUAAUAAUACCGCAAAAGUUCUUGUUUCGGUACCUAAGAAUAUUCUGCACAAAUUUGAAUAUUACAUGAUGAAUGAUUUUAUUUAGAAAGAUGACAAAGUUGACUAGUGUUGGUGGCUUGAAGUUUGAAGGAAAGAAGAUCAGGGAUGAGCGUUCGGAUGGAGAAGCCAACUAUAUUUAAAAUUCUCCAUUCCAAUAUGCAACAUUAGAAAAAUGAAGGCCCACUUUUUGUAAAACGGAGGACGUAUUAUUCACAAUAUAGAAAUUCUGUCAUGUCUUUAGUUUAUUUUUAUUUUUUUUUCCAUUUCCUAAGGAUUUUAA